ACAUUGGUGCUGACCUUGACAGUUUAACUGGACUCGCUAAGCUGAAGGCACCCGGUCAAGCAUCCUCGCCAUUUGGCACGCUGUCGUGUUACGUUGCACUGCUCGUAUUCGACUCUCUAGCCAGUCAGUUGGAACGCAUCGGUGUUUUGGCACAACCAUCCAAAUAUACUAUUCCAUCCGAGUACGCUAUCGUGUUCUUCCUUGGUCUCGUAUUCGUGGGUAUAUAACAAGUCCGAAUAAUUAUUGAUUGGUCUUUGCGUCUGUCAAGUUCGCACCAGGACAAAUCCUAAAUUGGUGAGCCCGACGUGAUCAUAUAUCCCAUCCAAUAACAAGUAUUGAAUUGGUGAGCCUGUUCCAUUUUAUAUUUGUUUGUUGUUUUCACUUCGAUAACAUUUAUAUAUCCAUUUACUAUACUUUCUCAUGUCCGACCACACUCCCAAGCUUAUUCGUAUUAAGCUGACUACGAACACAAUCCAACUCGUGCCAUAUUGGCCAGACAAUGCAGAAACAUGGUUUCUGUAUGCCGAGGCAGAUUUUCGAGAACAGGGUGUCUCAGAUCCUCAAUCUCGAUUUCUUGCUGUCAUACGGUCACUACCGCGAGAAUUAAACAGUGUUGCUGAAACCGACAUGAGUGCAGAUAUUGGUUUCUUAAUUUUGAUAACAACAUAUUUGGAUUUGUCUUGGAUAAUCCAGUUUAUUCAACUGUAAUCUGCCACGUUCAAAGUUUUGUUUCACUUUCACUGUCGGUUUUCCCAGAUUAAGGCGGUGUGAAAGGCCAUUAAUGUUAUGGCUUUGAUUAGAUCAUCUGUAGACAUUCCUGGUGUUCGUUCUGACUCUUACAGGUAAAUGUUUUUGCUUCUUUUUGUUGUGAACACUUUAACUUUGUUUUGAGUAUGUGGUCUUCAUCAACUACUGACAUAUUCAGCUAUCCGGUUGAUACUCUGAAUCAAAAAAACUUAUAGCUAACUGAACAGUGGCAAGGCGGCAUUGUUGGGGUACCUUUUGGUCUUAUAUUGUAUAACGAUUGAAUAGUACUGUGGAUUUUACGUAUAUAUAAGCUGAAUAUAACCAUGUCUGUUUUCUGUUACCAUAAGCUUUCACUUCUUCCUCACGCGAUCUCCUCCACGUCACCCGCGGACGCUCAACUCGUCAUUUCCCAUUUGGUUUGCACUCGCCGGCCUGGGACGUAAUGUCUCCAAACAGUCUUCUUAGUAUGUCCAAUCCAUCUCCACUUUAUUAUGCAUACUUUUUGGGCGAUGUUUCUUGGUUGGUUCGUAGGCAGUCAGAGUGAGUUCCUUGUUGCUUAUUCUUAUUAUUCUGGCCAUCUGAUCUAGUCUUCAGUGUAGAGUGAACGUAGGCGGCAGCCGUUGAUGAAUGUCUGCAUUUUUUGGAAGUGCUUAUCACAACACGCCAAGUCUCUCAACCACCACAUAAAAGCACUGACUUGACUGAAUUAGCUUUUAAAAUCUGCAUCUUGUUCCUUAUGCUGGCUGGAGUGCAGUAGAUUUACACAGUGAUUUCAGAUUAAUGUAGGAAGGCCUGUCUUGCUGUCUUCUCUAUCCCGGCUUUGACAUCCUCACCUGUACCGUCGCCUGUUGUUGAAACGAUGCUGCCUGGGUAGGUCUAUUUCUUUAGCUUUCUUCUGUUGAUGGUGAUGGGUGCUUGUUGUUGUUUAGGCAUCUUCAUAACCUCUGUCUUCUCUACGUUCACCUGAAGUCCCGUCUUCUCUGCCUGUUCUACCAACUUGUUACUUUUCGCCUGUAGAUUUUCGAGUUUGUGCUACAGGUUAUUUGACAUAAAUCGUCACCUGCGAAAUCCAAAUCUUCUUCUGGGGUGUUUUCAUCCACCAAGCAGCACAUACCCUUUUCUCGCUCCUCACAGUUUGUUGCAUGAUGUAGUUCAGUCGAGUCGACCGCAAUCAGGAAGAUCAUCGGUGAUGAUAGUCGGAAGCCUUGUCUUACUCCUGUCUUCACUUCAAAGGCAUCACCGAGCUUUUCAUUGUGAAUCACUUGUGGCACUAAAACCGUAGUGUUGAAGCAGCUGCCAAUUACUUCUCAGUCCACGCUAUCGAAGGUCUUUUUAAAGUGCAUAUAGCUGAGAUACGGAUACAGUUGACUGCCAUCCUAUGCUAUAUUUUAUGAUGAUUUAUAGCGUAGUGUUACAACUUGAUCCGCACAUGAUUUGUUUUUCCUGAAGCCAGCCUGUUCUAUUCGUGAUUUUGAAUGCAGAGUAUUUUUUAGUCUCUCCAGAAUGGUGUGGCUCAAUACUUUGAAUGGGAUGGAUAGGAGCAUGAUUCCGCGCUAGUUCUUGCAAAGACUUAGACCACUCUACUUUGGUAGUUUGACAAGGUAGCCCUUCUUCCAAUCAGCAGGUACCUUUCCUUGCGAACCUUCCGCAAUAGUGGUAUGAGCAUGUCCGCUGAUGUCUCUGCAUCCAUUUUCAGUGCUUCUGGAGGUAUUCCAUCUAAACCUGCUGCUACCCUGGCUUUCAGCAACUUUAUGGAGUUCAGGACUUCUGGUUUUAUGAACAAACAGAUAUUUUAUUCUCAGGUUAUGAACUUAACAGUAAGAGAAGCCGGUUUACAAGCAUCACCAAAUUGAUAAUGGUAGAGAAAUCCUAGAGUUGAGCAGCGUUGAAUGGUACAGAAGGGAGGACACUAAACUCCAUUAUGAUAUGAAGUGUCUAACAGUUAUGAAAAGGGCAGAAAAAUAUCACUUUGCAGUACAUAUACAUUGUUUUGAGGGUUUGUAUUCACCGAUAGUUCUGCAACUGCUAGUGGUAUUCCUGAACGAGUUGUACGUGGUGGUGGUGGUCGAUUCAAGAGCUUUUGAAGUUAGCCCAUCGUUUCCUUUGUUUCUCAUCUUUGGUAACUGGGUUUCCUUCACUAUCCUUUAUUGGUUUCAUCUGUGUUGAUCUCUUCCCAGAUAGUAACCUGGUUGUCUUAUAUAGUGUCAGGUCUCGCCUACCAGCAGCUGUUCAACUUCACUUACCAGUUUGUCGUAGAAGUGUCUUUUGUCUUUGCACCCACUCCUCUUCACUUCUUUAUCCAAUAUUUUAUAGGUUGUGUUCAGUCCCUCUUUUCGUUGUUCAUCUCUGCACUGCACUGCUCCAUCUGCUUCACCACCUUCCUCUCCCUUCUCUAUCAGCUUCCAUGUGUCCGUCGAGAUCCAUUCCUUGUCUUGUUUCUUCCUUCUUAUUACGGUUUUGCACUUUUCUUUCCAUAUCUCUCUAGGAGAUCCAUUGUUCUUUCACGUCAAUUUCUUUAGAAAUACUGCUUAAUGUCUCCCAUUUUUCCUGAUGACUCCCUGACGUGAAGAUGUUCUUUGUAGUUUCGUGCUUCAGUUUCUGUUCUGGGUGUUGAAUUUGAACUGUGGUCUAUCAUCACCAGCUUCUUUGAAAGCUUUCAACUUGAUUUUGAAGGUAAGUUCCUUGAACUAGAUAGUGAGUGGUGUGAACCUACAUCUGCUCCUCUUGUUCAUCUUGUUUGCGCCCAGUAGGCUGGCUUUGUCUCCAGUUUCUUGAGAUUGAAAUGAAGUCGAUCUGAUCUUUAGUGUGGUGUGUCCAGGUGUCUGGUGAAAUCCAUGUCACUUUGUGAAUAUCCUUGUGUUUGUGCACAGUGCCUGCAACCACCAAAUCGUUGAGUGCACAGAAGUCUUCAAAGAGUUCUCCAUUCUGAUUCACCAUCUCACCGAUUGCCUUUCGACCGAUGAUGAGUUAUCUUCCUGUGUUGCCUGCUCCUAGUUUGGCAUUCAUGUCACCUGUUAGAAUGGAUUUUGAUGUUGUCAUCUGGAAUGGGGUCUUGUCGAUUAGUGAUUGUAGUUGUCUUUAGAAUUCCUCCUUCUUCUCUUGAUCCGCAUUAUUUGCAGGUGCUUAGCGUAGCGUGGCAUUGUAUGAUUGUGACUUUCCUUCCUUUUGAUUUGAAUCUUGCUGUCAUGAUCUUGAUCCUGGAGUAGACUGGUUCCCACUGCAUGAGAUCCUACAAUGUGGUUGAGGACAUCAUGAUAGCCACUGGAAAACUCAGUGUGCUUGUGACUGUCGUCUGGGUGACAAUAUCGGAGUAGAUUAUUGACUCCUCUGCAGUUGACAGUUUGGAGAAUCCACUUCCGUUUCAUCUGCUUUUGCAGAUUCCAAGCACUACUUCCAUGUUCUAGAAAUGGUGACUCACAAGUACUACUUCUUUCAGCAAUCCUCGCACAUUAGUUAGGGUGUGGGGAACUAAUCCGAUUUAGAUAAAGCAGCAUUCUAUCUGCAGCAGCAGCAUUCUUAUGACUUUAUCGGAUACACUCCCACUCUGUGCUUGGUAUGACUGUGAUGUCUUUAGCAGCUUCAUUGGGAGCGAUUUUAGGUUUCACAAAUGAACAUGACGCUGCAACAGUGUUAGAGGCGCCCUUUGAUACUUCUAGUACAUAUUAAUAGAACAAUAAGGCAUUUUACCAACUGCUGCUGCAACAGACGUCAAAGGACGUCCGGUAUACACAACUUGACAUAAAUGGAGUCGAAUAACCUUUUAUGACGUCGAUAAAAAGUAUGAAGUUGACAGUGUACUGGUAAACGCAUUCUACCAGACGAUACCCUUCAUUAAUAGACGCCGUCGAUGUCUGUAGUAAGACAUUUUUUCAAUAACAUUAGAAUGCUAAAUGGUGCAUAAUCGUCACCGAGACAUACAACGGCAACUCAUCUCCACUGUGUACACCCCAAAGUGAUGGCAACCGUUACUCCUUAAGCAGUUGAACAACUUCACUAUAGCAGGCUAACAUUUAUUGUAAUUUAAAAUAUUUUUAAUUCAUAAGUCAGAAAUCAUUAAUGACUUAAAACGAAAACAAAAUUUUGGUGGUUUAUAAGGUGCAGCUAAACUACGCCACACGCAUCUAGUAAUUUAUCAUCACUUCCCGCAUAAUUUCAGCACUGAAAGUUUUGGGUAGAAUUCCCAUUAUUUCGGCCUCACUCGCAUUAUUAACACAGUUCACCGUAUUAUUUACACAUUCUUGUUUGACUGGGUGCUUUCGACACAAAACACCUAAAAACAUCAAUUUCAUCCUAUCACAUAGUUUACGACUUUUAUUUAUGCUUACUAUGUCGAGUAGAGGGGAAUGUGCAUUUAGUAUGCGGUGGAAAUUUAUAGAAGUCACCUAAUCGUUUUUUAUGAAACGGCAGUGCAGUUGUGGUAGAUGUCUCAUUAGACAUUGAGUGGGUGUAGUACACACAGUGUCAUAGAGGAUGGCGUUUGCGCACACAGUAAGCCUGAUAAGUUGCCAGAUGAUAAGAAUUUUAUUAGUGACCGACUAAAUUUGGAGGUUGGAAGAACUUCGCUUCAAUAGGAAAUCUGUAGGAGUGGUCUCAUAGAUCGUAACAACUGCUGUGUUCAAACCGAAACUCACCACUGACUGUAAAAGUGAAUUGGAGUAGCACAUUGAAGACGAGUGAAAGGUAAAGGUACAGCACACAGUGACAAAGCAUUACUCACUAAAGGAUGUUUUCAGCACUAUUUGCUGCGAAUAGUUACGCUAGGAUUAAAACGCGACAUUUAAGCUCUCCUUUUAUAGAUCAACAAUCCUCCAUUCUUUUUUUCAGUAAAAGUGGCGCCUUCAGAAUAUCUGCAAUAAGUCACACUAAUAUUAAUGAUAGUUUAUUCUCGCAAACCAAACACGCCUGUUUACAAGCCUGACUAUAUAUUUAUGCCACUUUGGCAACUGUCUAGUACAGCUCCUCCCCCCUAAAAAUAAUCAGCAGAUCUGCGUAAACAGAAUUAAAGUAAUUCUGAAAUUCCCAUUUCGACAUUUAGUAAGACGAUGUGAGCGAAGAAAUAUUUUUUCCAAUUAGUUUCUCAUCAAUGGCUGUACACUACAGAAAAGCAUUUUC